GUUUGCUUAUAAAUACUCUUCUUCCUUGUAAAAUAACUAAUUCUUCAUUCAUCUUCUUCUUCUUCUUCUUCUGCAAAACGAAAACAAAAGAAACCAUCUUUCAUUUCUAUUUUUCUUCGGAGGAUCUAUGGAUCGAUUGGAUUUUGACUCAGUCGUUUAAGAAGAUUUAGAACAAUAAACGUCGUCGGCGUUUGAUUCCAGUCAUCGCCGGAGAGAACAAGGCCCAAUCGUCGUUUACAAUCACCGUUCUUCCUUGUCCAAUUCCAUUAGGGCUAGGGAUGAUGCAGUAACACCAAUCUCAUAAAGUCAUAGUCCUCUCUUUCUUGACCUGUAACGCCUAUUGAAAGUUAUCGCCUACUAGAUUUGUGGACAAACACUGUUCAUCAACAAUUCAACACUUAUUCCAUAGAUAUAAUAAGCUUGGAUAUGGCUUUGGGAUCUGCUAGUUCACCAAAUGGUACACAACCAAUUCUCUUGAGUGCUUCACAGCGUCCCAGAAUAUCUAAACUACAAGAACGUAUCUUAUUGCUUAUGGUGGUACAACAAUUGUAGCAGUUGUGACAUUUGUUAUGGGUUUCACAUUUACAAAGAUCUACACCAGUUCUGCUCCAGAUUUAGGCAUCACAGGUUUGGUCAAGAAAGCAGUGUUCAUAGUUUUUCUGGUUUGCAAUAGCAUUCCAGUGCUCUUGUCUGUCAUAGCUACAAUGAAUCUUAUUUGGCCACAACAUCUGGGUGAUAUUCCUCUGAUACAGCAAGCUAUGAAACGAGCCAUGGUACUUAUCAUGUUUGCUUUUUGGUCUAUGGUUGUUGCAUUUGCAUUUGGAGUUUGUCUUGUAUUGAUGCUCCUUCCAUGGCAUUCCUUCCAUGUCUUUAGCUCCAAAGCACAUAAGUGAUGUGUAUGUAGGUUUGUGAACAUUUUCCAUUACACAUUCAAGCUCUUGAUUGUUUCUAUCUGCAAUCUUUCAUAAGUUCGUUCACAGUGAUUGAUCAAAUAUGUUGUCUUUUAAUUUGGUGUGGUC